UGUGCCUCGUCGGCAGCCGAUUAGAUCUCGGGGAAAAGGAUCAAGCAACACUGUUUUAGGCCACAUCGAGCUGCUUUGCCUCCACGAACGUCCAUAGCUCAUCGAUUUCGAGGAAAUAAUGGUCAAGUACCUUGUCGGCCGCCUCGCCGAUCCCGUGCUGGGCCUUGCGACUGGCGUAUUUGCCUACUAUCUCUGGGAGACGGACCCCCGAAAUGCGCCUGUCCGGCCGCAAGGAAGGACGCUGCUGGACCUGAGCCGUCGCUGGUGGAACGACGAGAGGCCGUCAAGGAUCCUCUACUCCGGUCCGAGCCCGUUUGGAGACAAAGUCGAGAGGGGUGAUCGCAGAGUGGUUUAAAAUCUAAAGGACGAGAUGUUACCCGUAUACGCACGCUACCACCAGACUGAAAGGGAGAACACGGAUCAUUUUCUGCUGCGCAAGUAGUCACGCAAAGCUGUGGAAUGAGUACAAAGUGUGAAAUCAGGUGACAGAGAGG